AUGUUCUUCCGACGGCACUUCACCAACUUAAUCCGAGAGAUUCUUGGCGGGCUUAUAUGGAAACAAGUAAUACUCUCUUCUCCUAAGGCCUAUGCAAACAUGGCGGAAAAGAGACAUGAAAACAAUAAUGUUCUUGACCACAUUUUUGGUGUCGUAUUUCUCGGAACCCCGCACGUAGAGGACACAAGUCAGCUCGAUAUCAACAUCGUUGAGACUAUAGUGUUGGCAAAAGAACAUGCUGUCUUGCCUUCAAACCCUGGAGCUGAAAUAUAUGGGAUUCCAAGCAGCCAUGAAAAUCUCUGCAAGGUAGAGAUCGGUGGGGAAUUGUAUAAAGCCAUAGCUCGCUUGAUAGAUACUGCAGUGCUCAAACAUGAAGUAUUCUCUAUUCCCCAGGUUGUUACCGAGGUAUCGAGCUCGUCGCUUAUAGAAUGUCACAAGGAGAAAACCCAGGAUCGUGUCUCAUCACUUCUCAGCAUCGAACACAAGCAAGAGACUCUUUCAGCCAGCGCUGGCUACUCUUCUACCUUCUCUUAUGAAGUUGUGCCAUCCACCAACCACUUUGAGCCAGAGCAGCCCAAACUACGCAUCCCUUGUUUCUCGGUAGGAUCUCAGACUCGCAAAACUCCAUUUUUCGGACGUGAUGAUGUUCUUCGAUCUAUCGAUAAAAGCCUGCUUCCUGACAGCAUCCAGUCACCUAUUGAUGAAGGAUCAAUCCGGCCGUCCGGAAAUCUCAAGACUUUUGCAUUGUGUGGCGCUGGAGGAAUUGGGAAAACAGAACUGGCAUCCGAAUACAUCUUCACCAGAAGAGACAAAUAUCUUGCCAUCUUCUGGGUUACUGCAGAUAGCCGAAAUGUCUUGCUUGAAGACUUUGCGCGCAUAGCAGUUGAAAUUGGCCUCCAAGAGAAGAAUGAAGCAGGAGAUUUGGCAGAGGCGUGCGAAUUAGUCAAAGGGUGGUUGUGCAAUCCUGUGAAAGACGCCGAAUCGCCUCUCAGUAGCCCUGGCAAUGAAAUCCCGUGGCUUUUGGUCCUUGACAAUGUCGACGACUGGAGUACCAUUGAAGACUUCUGGCCCACAACCGGCAUAGGAUCCAUUUUGAUCACAAGUCGUGAUCCACUAUCGCGGUCGCACGUUUUCACUGCCCAGCAUGGCUUAGACCUCGAACCAUUCUCCUCAUCAGACUCUCUUGAGUUCCUCCAUGUUGUCUCUCAGAAUCCUUUCAAGGGCUCACCUGGAUCUGCUAAGGCUCUCGCUCGGUGGGCUGGCGGACUUCCUCUUGUCAUCAAUGCAAUGGCAAGUACGAUGUCAGCCCAAAACCUUACUUACGAUAUGAUGCUGAGCUUGCUGGAGAAAGACGGCUUUGCAGCCGUUUCAGUCGAAGGUAUAUCACAGAUGCACUUGUUGCCUGACGUAUCUGUUUCCAUUGCCUCAAUGAUUGGCCUUGCAUGCUUAGACGAGUGCACACAAAGCCUAAUUUAUGUACUGUCAUUUUUAAACCCCGAUAGCAUUCAUCAAAAACUCCUCAUCGACAUUACCGACGAAGUACAACUUUCUACAUUUCCAAAAAAUCAUGAUGAGCUCAGCUAUGCUCAAAAUAAGUUACAAAAGGCCUCUUUGAUCACUUUCAACGAGUCUACUCAUACCAUUCGUAUGCAUCGCAUUUAUCAAGACAUUGUACGAGAGUCUCUGACACCUCAAGUACGAGUGAGGGCACUUUUAACUGCCCUCGAGAUCGUCUCAGAGGCUUGGGUAUAUCAGCCGCUUGAGAACCGCUUCAAUACUGCCCGAUAUGAAGCAUGUUCGGCGGUUUUCCCCCAUGUGGACCGAGUUUAUCAGCAUUACGAGAAACUGUUUAGAUCUCGACAGAUCGGGGCGUCAGAACAAGCAGCAUCUCUCUUCAACGAUGCUGGAUGGUAUUGUUUCGAGAGAGGUCUCCCACACGAGUCUAAACCGUUUUACAGACUAACACAAAGCAUUUGUGAGGCCCUUCAGCAGACGAGUCCUAGUGAAAAAGUGGCCAGUUUACUACGUGAAAACCAUAACAACCAGGGUUCGGCUGCCAACGAGACUAAUAAUCCCCAAGAGAGUCUACAUCACAAUCUUACAUGGAUCAGCUUGAUGCGCGAACGGAUAUCAUCAGAUGGCCAACAAAAAAUUGACUAUGAACUCGGCUGUGCAUAUAACGAAGUUGGUGUGGCCUACGCGAUGAACAACAUGUAUUCUCUAGCACUCGACUUCUUUCAGAAGAGUAUUUCUACAUACAAGUCCCUCCCUGACUACGAUGAAAAGUGGCUUGGGUGGCCGCUACCAAACAUUGGCAUGGUGUAUUGGAUCCAGGGAAACCACAAAUCGGCGUUGGAGGUACUGCAUCGUAUGCGUGAAAUAUACGAAACUGCCUAUGGCCGUGACGACAGACAAUCAUUUAAAACGGGAAAGGUUCUGUACGGAAUUGGCAAUGUCUAUCUGUCUCUUGGAGAUCUCGAACAUGCAAUGGAAUACCACCUACGAGCUCUCAGCCAGUGGUCGGAAACCCUUGGCACGGGACACCAUCGAAUUGGUGAUGUAAGCCAUAAAAUAGCUCAGGACUUGAUAGGACAAGGACAAUUUGAGAAAGCACAAGAAUACCUUACGCAAGCACUUAGAAUCUUCGCUCGCCGUCCACACCACAGGCAAGAACAUGCUCGGACGACCUUCAGACAGGGUCAACUAUAUCUGGCAAGCGGCAACAUUGAUCAAGCUGAGCAGUCAUUCAAAGCAGCCCAUAAACAACGUCAAAGUUUAAUGCCGCAAGACGUUCGUUCAUGGGAUGAGCUUUCAGAGAAAGAUUACGAUAAACUUGUCAUCUUUAUGUCACGAUAAUCCAGAUGGUGCAAUUGAGUUGCGGCUUUGGAGCCCAAUAUCCAUUCGAUAAGUCGCAAGUAAGGGUUAGAGGCUUGUAUGCAAAUUCUUGGCGUGCAUCAGACAAGAGGCAUGCAUUUAUAAACCGUGUUCGACUGUGAUAAAGGAUGUCUCGAUGUUUAGUGGUAUUAGGUACAGAGUACAUGGCAGAUCAAGCAAAGCUACCUACGAAGCGGCUGUGC